CAGAAACUCAGUUGACGUCAAACACACUGUUAUUGUCACUCAUUUACCACUCUUUUGCCAUCAAUUAUCUCUUCGCGAAUAUCUUUGGAUCAGAUCUAAUCACUUGUCACUCACUCGACAUCUGCCACACCAUUAGCAUAAAUACCCGGAUCACAUUUGUUGGUGAUUGACCACAACUAACCUCUCUUUUGGUUGAACACAUGAACCGACAAACUCCGCAAAGCCCGAUGUCAUGGGAAGGGGAGUCCAACUCAAUGGCCGGUGACUUCUGGAUGGAAAUGCAUGACUCGUAUGUCCGACACUCCCGGAGCCACUCAUCCGACGUUAAUGUGGUGUUCAUCGGGGCGUCGAUUGUGCAGUACUGGUGCCAAGAGGGCCGACAAAUGUGGGACGACUACUACCGGCGCAAAGGGGCUGUCAAUUACGGGAUCGCCGGCGACACCAUUCAGAACGUGUUGUGGAGAGUAGAGCACCGGGUGUUGGAGGGACUGCACCCAAAAGUGCUGGUCUUGCAGUGCGUAGAGCACCGGGUGUUGGAGGGACUGCACCCAAAAGUGCUGGUCUUGCAGUGCGGGGCCAAUAAUAUGGAGCCGUUUGGUCCGCCAUCAGAUGAGGACAUAGCCCGUGGUAUCGGACAACUAAUCGCUCAGAUCCGGACCCAAUUACCUGAAACCAAGAUUAUAUCCAUCGGUUUAUUCCCAUUCAAUCACCACAUGUUCACAAAGAGGGCCAAAAGGGUCAACGAAUUGUUGGCCACAAACGCCGAUGAGUUGAAUGUUGGUAAGCAAAAGCCGGAACUGUUUGCCGAUGGCCUACACCUGUCCUCAAAAGGUUACAAUGUGUGGCACCAGUGUAUGCGUCCAAUCAUUGAGAAGUUGUUGUAA